AUGAAAUCAAACAGCAUGAGGUCACCGAGGAAAUAUGACUUGGAAAAUAGCAACCAGAAGGAAAAACACUGGUAUCAAAUCAUGACAAUAACUGUGGUAUCUUUGGUACCAUUAACCAACGGUCUCCAACUGGCAUGGACGUCACCAUUCCUGGUAAAAAUCACCCAAGACAAGGAAAACUACGACAUAACGGAAAACGAGACAUCAUAUUUCACCAGCAUACAACCGGCAGCGAUGCUCCUGACCAGUAUCAUCCUCUUCAACCUGAGCGAUCUCUUGGGGCGAAAAACUACCAUGCUGGUGAUAGCAGUACCGCAGGUACUGGCAUGGGUGCUAGCAGCAUUGGCAACUGACGUAUACCUGUUCUACGCCAUGAAAGUCUGCGCGGGAAUAGCUGUGGGAAUGGGAUUUGCCUCUGUUCCCAUGUACAUCGGAGAAAUCUCAUCCCCAUCAGUCAGAGGCACCUGGGGAUGUCUGUUCUCCUCAGGCGCUUACCUAGGCCAGUUUCUGAUCAACCUAGUCGGCAACCUUUGCAGCGUUAAAGUUACGUCAUACAUAUUCGUCACAGUGCCUAUUCUAUUUUUCUUCUUUCUGAUCUUCCUACCUGAAUCUCCCUAUUUUCUCGUUAUGAAAGGGAAACAUGAUGAGGCUAGAGCUGCUCUGAAGGUGUUUACCAGGAAAGUUGAUGUAGAAGCGGAGCUUUCAAUAUUGAGAACUGAUGUGGAGAGACAGAUAUCGGAAACAGGGACGUGGAUGGAUUUGUUCAGAAUCGAAAGUAACAGGAAGGCUCUUGUGGCUGCAGUUUUUCUAGCAGUUUCGCAAUCCUUUGGAGGUUUGACAGCUUUCAUAGUGUAUGUUCAGUUCUUUUUUGAUAAAGCGGGGGGUUAUAUCAGCGCAGAAUUGUCUGCCACUUUCUAUAUGGGAUUGAGUUUCGUUCUCAAUCUACUAGUGAUUUUAUUUGUCAUCGACAGAAUGGAAAGGAAAAAAUGUUACAUCGUAUCUAUGAUGCCCUGUUCGAUAGUCCUUAUGCUAAUGGCAAUCUAUUUAUAUAUAGAUGAAUUCGAAACUCAUAUAGACGUGUCAUUUCUCAACUGGGUACCUUUAGCGGGAAUGAUCAUAUUCCAAAUAUUUGCAUCAUUUGGGAUGGCAAUAAUUCCUACUUUGAUGCUAGGGGAACUUUUUUCGGCUAGUGUUAAAACGAAAGCAACUACUGUUGUUAUGAUUUGUUUCGGUAUAUCUGUAACUCUAGCGGACUACUUGUUCUAUGUUCUUUAUCGAGUUUCCGGAAUAUAUGCUCCUAUUUUGUUGUUCGGCUGCUGUAAUGCAAUAUCCACUAUUCUUUCGUUCUUUUUGAUACCCGAAACCAGAGGAAAGAGUCUAGAGGAGAUUCAGCAAGCUUUGAAAGGAGCAAUGAUCAAAAAUUAA